AUGGGUUGUAAAGUGAGAAUCUCUGCUUUUGUGGAUAUUUAUGGUGUUUGGAGACUUAAUACUGUCAAUCUUGACCACAAUCAUGAAACUAGCUCUUCGAAGUCCAGGUUAUUUCGCUGCAAUAGAGAAUUGAGUGCACGCGUGAAGUGCAAGCUACAAGUCAAUGAUUUUGCAGGAAUUCCAUUGCAUAAAAGUUACAAUUCAGCUGUUGUCGAAGCAAGUGGUUAUGAGAACAUGAGUUGCGUGGAAAAGGAUUGCCGAAAUUACAUUGAAAAAGUGAGACGAUUAAGACUUGGGGAAGGGGCCGUCGCCGCAAUACAAACAUACUUUUCAAAAAUGCAAGCACAAAACAUAUUUUGGGCAGAUAAUCGCUGUAGACAAGCAUAUAAGGAAUUCGGCAAUGUUGUUACAUUUGAUACCGCUUACUUGACAAACAAGUAUGACAUGCCUUUCGCCCCUUUUUUUGUCCAGGAGUUCGAAGAAGGUUGGGCCACGAUGAUUGAUACUUACGGCUUGCAUGAUAACGAUUGGUUGUCCGGACUAUAUGCAAAAAGAGCUCGUUGGGUUCCUUAUUUUCUGAAGACUAGUUUCUGGGCAGGGAUGUCAAUGACACAGAGAACCGAGAGCAUGAAUGCAUUCUUUGAUGGGUAUGUGCAUUCGAAGACGUCAUUGAAGCAAUUUGUCAAACAAUAUGAGCGAGCACUGCACAGUAAAAUUGAGAAGGAGUUCCAAGCUGAUUUCAAGUCAUUUGCGCAAACAUUACCGUGUGCCACAGAUUAUGAAGUGGAGCAGCAGUUUCAAUCAGUUUGCACUAUUUCUAAAUUAAAGGAGGCUCAGGCUGAGUUUAUAGGAAAGGUUUACUGUGACCUCAUCUCUACUUCGGAGAGACCCUCAGGGACGAUGUAUGAGGUUCGAUAG